CACAUAAACACAAAAGCACCACAAUUAUAUAUUCACAAAAGCAUCACAAUUAUAAUAUCAUUCACAACUAGAUCAUUUACAGAUAGCUCACAACUACCAGCUCUUCUUUUAAAUCAACGUUGAAACAGCAGAUAGGAACUAAGUAAGCUAUGCUGAAUAUGCAUUUCAACAGUGGAAGCAUGAACAUGGCUACAUCAGUUCUUCUCGUCUUCUGUUUUGCUUAACGUAGUGGCGGCCUGGCUGCUUGACGUGGGGUGUGCUUUCAACUGUGGUGUGCUUGACGUAGUGGCGGCCUGGGUGCUAAGUGAUCUACUAGCAGGACAAAGGCCAGCACCAUUGAGAGAACGAGCAGGCUGUGCCCUUGAUAAAGAAUGAAUAUACUCAAUUGCAGCCUGAAAGAAAGUUAAAAGUGAGGGGCAUGCCAACGAAUCAUAGUAGUCUGGGAAAUAACAUAUUGUUAGGAAAAAGUGCUUUUUACACUAUUCAAAAAAAGGAAAAAGAAGAGACAGUGACUAGAUAAGAACUAGAACAUCACAACCAAUUUUUUUACAGUUUUCUACAAGAUCUGGUUGUAGCAGAAAAAUUACUGAAUGACACGAAGAUAAGGAUUGUACAUGAAUCAGGAGAAAACAGUAAAAUUAAUGAUAUGGUUUCAGGAUCUCAGAUCAGUUCAUAUUUCCAUACAAGAAAUGAAUGUGCAAGUCACAACAUAUCUGAAAAAAUCCACUUCUGCCCGUACUUUCUCCACUGAUACCCAUCAAAGUUUGGUGCUUGUGUCACAACUGAACUCACUACGUGUUUUGCAUUCUUCCUACCAUUACCAAGAGAAAGCAAUCAAGAUUUUCAUAAAUAAAAGCAUGCUUCUUCUACCGCUUAUUAUUAAUGAUCAAUUACCUUCUCCUGUUUCCACGGCAAAGCAAUUCGAUUAUCUGCUGGCCAGGCCCAACUCGCGCGCGGGAUUCCGAAUCUCCCGGCUACUGAAUCCAACCGAACAAAAUGUCAAGGAUACGGAGAAGAGGGGGGGAGGAGGGGGGUCGGACCUUGCGUUCGAAAGAGGUCUCUGCCGAUCUGAGGAGCGCCCGUCGCAGCGUCGUGCGGAGGUAGUAGCCACAGUCCGCCUCGUCCGGCCAUAGAUCUGAACGAAACAAAAAACGUUAAGCAGACAGCACCUUCGAGGCCGGUGCCCGGGCUUGCAGUGCCACCCUCUCCUCCUGCUGCUACAGCGGCGACGGCCUGCUCAGCGUGCGACGGCGACGGCCUGCUCGGCGUGCGGCGGCUCCAUGGCGUCGCGGGGGCGGGGAGGGAACAGGGAAGCUCGGCGAUCGGUCGGGCGAUCGGAGUGGGAGGAGGAGAUCGGGGGGCCUGGGGCGGUAGAGAGAGAAGAGAGAGAAAGGGGGAGGGAGAAGGAGUGGCGGCGGCUUG